AUGCUAGAUUCAGAGGCCAAGCGCGAAGAACACCAGUCUAGAGAGACGUUUGCCGAAAAGUCGGGUUUACACCUUUACAUCCCCUUCAAUGCCAAAUGGUACUGGAUAAAGCCGCUGCGCUGUACUACUUUGGCGACAAAGAAAGUCUCAGAAAUCCUUGCCCGCCUUUGCGCCAAGAUCGGAGACAUUGAGAAAGACUACUCCCAAGACGAGCAGAAACUAUCUCAAGAGGAGCUGCAGCAGAAGGAGAGGCGCAACGACUUGAAGGCUGUAUAUGAAGAACAAUGUGAUGUCAUCGGCAUUCCUAAAGCAAUGAAGGAUCCCGUUGAAGUGCUUUGCCAGAUUGGACGGGAAGCAAAACACAUGUACUUCAAACUGACCCGUACUGAGCUCGACUUCUAUGGCUCUCCAGAUAACUGGAUACCGCGGUUAUCAGUCAACAGAUUCAAAAGCGAGACCGAAGAGUCCAUAAAAGCGCUCCAGGAAGCACAAGAUCUCUUUCUAGAGCUGACGUCCCGAACGGAGGAAGUCAAGACCGAUGAUGAUCUUUUUGCGGAAGCCCUCCUUGAACUUCGACGUCGCAUCACAAGUGAAACGCUGAAAGACGAGCUUCGCAACGCCUUUACCGAGAUGAACUUUCAGCUCGACCAGCUGGAGCAGCAAAUCGGGCGGAACUUUGAAAUCUCACCUCAAAGAUUGAUGAAGUCCUUGGGUAAUAUCGCCAAGGGAGCCAAGUUUACUUCCCUUAUCAAGUAUAAGAAGCCUGAGAGGAAGAAGGAUGACAAGGACAAGAAGGAUGAUAAAGACAAGAAAGCAGAAGAAACCACGGAACAGACAACCUCGAGUAUUGAAUCUGGGGUUGGUAGCAUCCUGGGUGACUUAUGGGACAAGACCGGAGGAGAUGCCAUGGAGGUCCUUUGGGACGGUCUUACCACAAUCCCAGACAGUGAGGGCUAG